AAACAAGUCAUAAUUUGUAAUAUCCCAAAUUUUCUAAAAUUCUAGCAUUUAAGUUGAGGCCCUUUUGAGAGAAAAUAUUGUUUUGGGGCUUAAUAGCUAAAAACUCCAAAGUUGAGGGACUUAAAAGAAAGGAAAUUAGAAUGAGGAUCAGCUGAUAUUUUUAUUUCCUUUUCUUCCCAGCCAUACAUGUUUCUGCUCUGCUCUUCUUCUUCGUGGUAGCCGACAAGCUUUUCCCCCAAGCCACCGACUUCCAUUUCUUAAGGAAAUUGGUCACAAAGCUUGAUUUUUCCCUUUCUUUUCUUGUUAAAGAAAUGAUUUUAGGACCUAGAACCCUCCCUUUGAAGUAGAAAUUUCCAGAUCUGCUCUCCCUUCCUCUUCCCUUCGGUCCGUGAGUUUCUGCUGGGCGAGGGUGCGAUUUUCUAGGCUUUUUGGUAACCAACAACCUUGGAAUUCAUCUUUUCUCCCUUAAUUUGGCUUGAGUUUACUUUGAAUUGUGUUUUGGUUCUUGAAUUUUGGUAGCCGCGAGUUCCCCUGCAGAAUUGCCACCGGCCUCUUUCCCCCGCCAGGUCCGGUUCUGCAGCUGGAAAAAUUCUGGUAUGUGGCAGCUUCUCUCAGUCCAAAUUUUCACCAAUUUGUUGCUGAAUUUAACCUGUGUAAUUGCUGCCAUGUACAUUGAAUUUUUUUGCCGAAAAUAUGGAAGAAUUUGGCAGCAUUUUAAACAUGUUUUUUUAGCUUAAUUCACGUAGAAAUAAACCUGUUUUUGGCUUGAAAUUAGCUGCUAUUCUGUGUGGAAAAUCUUGCUGUUUUGCCAAAAUUUUACUGUUCAUGGCGUAGCUACUGUUCACGCAAAAAAUUUUGCAAAUUGCUGCUGCGUUUUUAUGCAUUUUGCUACUGUUUUUCCUUUCUUUUUCAGUCUGUUCUGCUCUGAAAAUCUGGUGAAAUAUCCUUUUUUCUAGUAUUUUAGUUUGCUGCAAUUGAAUUAUGGAAAUAUCAGUUACUGUUCACGCGUGCUGUUCAUACAUUGAGUUUUAAUUAUUUGGAAUAGAAAAUCCUGUGUGUUAGUGGCAGUUUUGCCAGAGACAAUAAUUGAAUAAGAGCCCUGUCGCUCCAUUCUUGUCUGUAAGUAUGGGUAUUAAUUCUUGGAUAUUUUGAUUAGAUUCUUAAUCGUUCUGUCAGUUUAGCACUGAGAUCGAGUCUUCGGUUUUAUGCGAGUAAGGUAAGUAAAUUAUGGUAACAUCCUUCGAUUUCAAAGCAUGUUUUAAAUUGUUUUGAGAUGGUCGCAAGGUUUAAAGUGAUUUUAUUGAUUUAAAUUGAUUUUAUUAGUAUUGAGCAUGAUUGGUUGGAAAUGAGAUUGUUUUCAUUUGCAUUGAGUAAAGCAUGCCUACUUGGACUUUGCUGAACUGCUCUGAUGAUUUGAGAAUUUUUUUAAAUUAUGGUUUUCCCGUUAAAUCCAUGCUCACAUGAAAAUUUUUCGGUUUAUUUAUGAAAUUUGAGAUUAAUUGUGAAUUACGGAUUUAUUUUGUAAAUCCUACAUGGUUUUGUCUCGGAUAUGGUCAUGUAUUACUGUGCCCGCUAGUGAGAGGCUUAUAAACGCUAGCACAUGUCGACAUGUUUUCUGAUAGGACCGGUCCAUUCUGUAAUCCCGCCAAUGGGAUAAUACAUUGGUUAUUACUGAAAUCCUGCCAAUGGAAUAAAACAUUGGUUACUAC